CGUUCGAGGUUAAAAAUCCGGAAAGGACGGAAAAAUGAAGUUCAAGGUUUAUAACACCAAAGAAUCCAAAUCUAAAGAAGUUAUUUCGGCUCUCGGGUGGUGUAACAACGAAGAAAUCUACAGCUGCACCGAUGACAAUCAACUGGGUAAAUGGACUUCGACCAAUCGGGAGUUUAUGCAGGUUGCCAAACUGCCGGAUGAUUUCGUUCCGACUGAUUUGCACUGGUUGGUGCCUAAGGUGGCCGCCGUCAAUAGUUCCGGUGGGGCUGGGUCCAAAGGAAGUGAUACUUUACUUAUUAGCAGCGCCGAUGGAAGGUUCAUCAUUUUGAACAAAAGUGCUCGCGUUGAGCGGAACAUUUCAGCCCAUUCGGGAACCAUCGUUUCCAGCCGGUGGAGUCCUGAUGGUGCAGGGCUGUUGACGGCCGGCGAGGAUGGCAUCAUCAAAAUAUGGUCCCGAUCUGGUAUGCUAAGAUCAACUGUAGUCCAGCACGAAGGACAGAUCCGAUGUGCCAGAUGGGCUCCCAAUGCGAUGGCUAUAGCCUAUUGCCAGGGUUCGUUUGUUGCCAUUAAACCGUUGGCGGCAAACAGUAAAAUGACCAAAUGGAGAGCUCAUGAUGGAAUAGUCCUAUGCAUUGCUUGGUCCAAUAAUACGGAUCUGAUCGCUUCCGGUGGGGAGGAUUGUCGGUACAAGAUUUGGGACACCCAAGGGUCGAAUAUUUUCACCAGUGUCAGUGAUGAUUAUGCCAUCACCUCGGUUGAUUUCAGCCCGGAUGGGGAGCUGCUGGCCGUUGGAGGAUAUAAUAUGCUGAAACUUUGUCACUAUUCGGGGUGGAGCCACAGCAUCAAUCGCUUCAACCAAGAGGUCAUUGGGUCACUGUACAGCAUUUCUUGGUCCACAGAUGGGACUCAGGUGACGGCAGGCACCAGCACUGGAAUAAUUCUGUUUGGACACAUCAUCGAAAGGCAGCUGCGCAAUCGCAAUCUCAAAGCCGUUACUACUGGGCGCAAAACCAUCACCCUGCAGGACAUUGUGGCACGCACCACGGAUACUUUGGAUUUUUCCGAACGCAUUAUCAAGUGGGAACUGGGGUAUGGUCACUUGGUCGUGGCUACCGCUCAUCAAGUUCACAUAUUCAAUGAAAAUUAUAUUAACACACCCAUUAUCAUUGACGGAAGGACGGACAUUAAGAUUAUUAUUUUGGGAAAAAAACACUUCCUUCUUGUCGAUAACAACUACAUUUGGAUCUAUACCUAUACCGGUCGGUUACAUUUGAACCCACGUUUCCCGGCAUGCCAGUCUCAGAUCCCUCAUCUAAACAACCGAUGCAUCUCGUUGGGAUUAGACGUUUUGGCGGUUCGAGACCACUCCGAUCAAUCGAUAAUACAUGUGUUUGAUUUGUUACCGGGAGCAACUCGUCAGGAGGAACCGUACACUAUUCAGAGUAAAUCGCUAGUUGCUGAGGUAGCCGUCUGUCGAUUUGGGAAUCCCGAUGACCAGUAUCUGGUCUUUAUCGACGUCAAUCGGGAUCUGUUCAUCACCAAUGUACGAAGCGGUUCGGAUUAUAUUGUCCACAAAAUCGGUACUCAAGUUUGUACGGUGAUGUGGUCCAGCGAUACCAAUAUCCUGGUGGGAUUGCACGACUCUUGUUACAGCGUAUGGUACUGUCCAGGAGAAUCCUGCACUGACCCUACACUGAUAGCUCUGACGACGUUCACAUUUGACACGAGCGAAUUCGGAAAAAACAUCACCUUGGAAAACUUCGAGGGAGCCAACGUGACUUUUCGUAGCUCCGGAGCCAUUUUUACAGUCUCAGUAAAGUCGUAUUGUGUUAUACUGCACAAACUAUUCGCGGAUAACUCGUGGGAGAAAGCGUUAAAGCUGUGUAGAUUGGUUCAGAACCAAAUACUGUGGGCAACCCUCGCGGCCAUGGCCUCCAAACGUAACCAAUUAGAUAUCAGCGAAGAAGCAUUCUCGGCCGCUCUUCAGAUCGAUAAGGUGAACUAUCUGAGCCACAUGAAGGACCUGGAUCGGUCCAGCUCGGAACAGAUGGCCGAAAAUUCUAUCAUGAAUGGUCGUGCUCAAGAAGCGGAAAUAAUUCUGGUUCACAACAAGAAAAUUAACGAAGCUAUUCUGUUUUGUUUGCGGAUGCAUCGCUGGAGCCGUGCUUUGGAGCUGGCAAAGAAAAACGACACGGGCCUGGAGCUGGUGCUCGGGGAAAGGAGAAAAUUCUUGCAAGCUCUCGGAAGAGAGGAAUAUGAUCCGCAUUACUUGGAGUUGCAGUGAAAUAAUCGGUACUAUUUGAAGGAGUUUUUGUAAAAUUAAAAGUUAUUAUUUUAUUUACAUAGUAUUCCGUCUCACGACAUAACUUGACGAACAUAAUUCCUAAAAUUCACUCGGUUCAUAGCAACCGUUCUCCAAUUUCUCGGGCACCCCACGUUCGCCAGAUCACGCUCCACUUGGUCUAACCACCUCGCUCGUUGCGCCCCCGCUCGUCUUGUUCCUACCGGAUUCGUAGCGAACACCUGUUUUGCAGGACAGUCGUCCGGCAUUCUCGCAACAUGUCCUGCCCAGCGUAUCCGGCCAGCUUUCACCACCUUCUGGAUACUGGGUUCGCCGUAGAGUCGCGCGAGCUCGUGGUUCAUCCUUCGCCUCCACACUCCGUUCUCCUGUACGCCGCCAAAGAUGGUUCUUAACACUCGUCGCUCGAAUACUCCGAGUGUACGCAGGUCCUCCUCGAGCAAUAUCCAUGUCUC